UCUGGGCCGGCCCACCUCGCACGUGAAUCGUCUUCAACCUCCAUCCUCUUCGUCCUCUAUUUCCGUCUGCCGCCCUUGCUGCUCCGUCGAAUGCCCCCGCCGCCACCUCCGGCCGUAACCGCCUUCCUCCCGCCUCCCGCGCACGGACCCAUUCUCUCGUCGCCUCAGCGCCCCACCCUGCUCGAGCCGCGGCUGCCGCCGGUCUACCGUCGCCCCGGGCUUCCCUGUAAACCCCCCACCCACCUUCUUCUCCGUCGCCGGCCACCCCACCCGCACCCUAAGCCCUAAGCCCUAAGCGCCGGCCAUCCACCCGCACAGCACCCUAAGCCCUAAGAUUCCCCCCUCGCCUCCACCUGCGCCGCCGCGGCGUCGCCGGCGACGGUUAGGUCUUUCUCGUUUCUCUCCCUGUAUUCUCCGGUGGCCGGCCACCGCCUCACCUCCACUGUCUUCCUCUUCUCCGGCCGCCGCCGCUCUAACAGGCCCAGCCCAAACACUGUAGCGGGGUACGCGUCCGUACGCUAACGGACGCAAUAGGCGUCAAAUAGGGUUUGCCGCCAAACACCACCACGGUCCACGGCGCCGGCUCCUCACAGCCGGCUGCCUCCCUUCUACCCCGCGGACAUCAGCUGCGUCGCGCCUUCUCUCUUCGCGUCUGCUGGCUGCUGGGCCACUAACAGCAUUACAGCCGCCGCUGCCGCCGGUGCCCGCGACGGCAAGCCAGUAUCUGCCCCUCUCCCCAUCAGAACCCGGCUCACAAUUGAUUGCCAGCUUCCCCACUUCCCGGCAGUAGACAGCCCUCUCCCACCGGCCACCUCCUAAAGCUACCCUGACCUCAUGGACAUGGACGAAGACCUACCAGCGUCCGAACCAUGCUCAACUUUCGCCAAACUUGCUAGUUUCACGGGGCCGUCCGCGUCAACCAGCUCGUACGCCGGCCCAGAGGUGGAGGUCCGAGCGCUCGCCUCGAUGGCCACCGCGCUCUAUCCGUUGGCACGGGCGGAGGGGCUCCAUGGCCUUGCUGCCGUCCUCGAGAAGGGGAAUGCCGGUAGCGAAGUUGCGGAGUACUGCUACAGCUAUGCGGCGGCAUUGCUGAGGGAUGAGGACGAGGGUAUCAGGCUGGGCGCCGUGCGAUUGGCUGGCAUUUGUGUGGAGAAGAUUGCUAUGAGAGAGGAAUUGAGUGGUGAUGCUGACCAAAUCGACCUGAUUUUCCUACAGCUUAGCUCCAUGGCUAGGGACAUGUGUGCAAAAGUAAGAAUUGAAGCAUUCAACGCACUUGCCAAAAUGCAGAGAGUAUCCGAUGGUGUGUUGCUUCAGUCCUUGUCUAAGAAGAUGAUAAAAACUGACACCGGAGGUGCCACAGGGAAAAAAAUAUCACCUAAAUUAGUAUUUCCCUGUGCUGCUGGCAUAUUUGCACAUGGGAUUGAAGAUGAAUUUUAUCAGGUGAGAGCAGCUGCCUGUAAAGCUUUGGGAGAACUUGCAAAGUUUUCAAACCAAUAUGCACAGAAGGCCUUAGACCUGUUGAUGGACAUGAUGAAUGAUGAUACAGAAGCAGUUAGACUGCAAACUUUGCGGACACUACUCGAUAUGGCAACAUAUGGACAUUUGAGUGUCCAGGAGAAGCACAUGCAUAUGUUCCUUGGCAUAUUGAUGGAUGCCAAUGUUAUAGUACGAAAUGCAGCACGCAAGAUCCUAGGGUUGGUGAAACUGCCUAAGCUUCAGAUGUUUAAAUCUGCACUUGAUGGUCUCAUUGCAGGUCUGGAGAAAGAUCCGGAGGAUCAAGAAAUAUUUGGUGUUCUGUUUUCCAUUGGCAAGAAUCAUGGGAGCUUUUCAGCCAAUAUAGCUAAGCAUUUAGCCAAAGAGAUCAGUAUGGCAUCUGAUGGAGAGCUGAUAUUGGACAAACCUAGGAUCAAAGCAUUGUUAAUAGUGUCUAUUUUGGCACCUUGUUCUGUUGAUAAAGAAAAAGAACUGGAUAUACCUGCAGUUAUAUUUUCACAUGCAAUUCCCCUACUUGGGACGAUCUCGUGUGCACUAGGAGAAGAUACACAAGAUUCGCUCUUAUCCCACUUGUUUCAUCGAUGUGGAUUGCCAUUUUGGGGUAAGAGGUUAGUGUCUUCAGAAGGUAAAGAUUCUGAAUGCUUCAGUGUUGAAACUGCGGAUGGAACUCAUGCACAGAUAGAAAAAACUGCAAUGUCAACGAAUUGCUUAGAUGAAGUCGUGAUAAUGCAAUCGGUGAGGCUCAUACUAGAAACAGUUCAAGGCGCCUGGGCUAUGAGGAAGUCAUGCAUUAUAGGAGAAGUUCAAAGUACUCUGAGGACAUGCAAAGAAGAAGUCAAUAUAUUAGCUGUAAAUUCUUCAGGACCAGCUUAUGGGUUCUUGAGCUUUGUAAGCGACUAUAUUGAUGCAGUACAGCUCAUUGUUGAAAUGUGGCAUUUCGUUCAAUCGGAGAAUUCUUAUGCUUUUGGCCCAACAUCACAAGAUAUUUUGCUAGAGAAGUUGGAUACAUCUGUGAGAAGGAUGAAAUGUUGUUAUGUCGGAUUGCAUAGAGAACUGGAGGUUCAGGUCUUGGAGCUUGCUUUGUUAGCUAUUCUAUUUAGACUGUCUGAGCUAGCAAUAUGUUCAGAAUUAGUGUUGGACAAGCUGCAUUGGAUAAUUAAUCACUUAGAUGGUCUAUGUGCCGAUGGAUCAUAUGAGCUUUCUGACUUCAGCCAAGAAGUUAAGAAAUCAUUUGAUGCUAACUGUAUUGACUGCAAUCCUGCUGUCAAUAUUUGCAGUUUUCUUGAAAUCUUUGAUCUAAAGCCAGCGACCAGUUUUGGAAUGGUUAAUGCUAGAAGUGCCGUGUUGAAAGUAUGUGAUACUGAUACUGAAAAUCCGUUAUCAUGUGUCCGUGGAUUGCCUGUGGGUGUAAGCUUUGACGUAUCUCUUCAAAAUAUUGCUAGCCACGAUAGAAUAUGGCUCCGCAUGAUUGCUGGUGAGUCCAUCCAACAUGUCUUCUUAGACUUGUCUUGUUUUGGGGGCGAUGAUAAGGUGAAGAGCUGCUCUACCGUCAUUCCUUUCUAUGCUACUCCAAUGGCAUGUUCAUUUGUUCUGAGGGCAUGUUUGGUAAUGGAAUGUCCAUUUGGAAGCAUCGGCGAUCAUCAGGAAGGACAUGGAGGACCAAGAGAUUGUGUAGUCCAACUCUGUGAUGAAUUGGAUGUCUACUUUGUUAGUGCUGAUAUGAGCAAAGGCGGUGGUUAGAAUGAUAGUGAUCAUAUGUUCCUUCUUUGGUAUGUACUCUUUGAUCGAUGUUACACUGCUGUCUUCUAACAGCAACUGUGGUUAAAUGAUGCAAAUAUGAGUUGUUUGAUCAUGCACAAACAAUUAAAAACAUCA